AUGGAGAUCUCGAAAAUCACCGCCCCGUCCGACUGGGUGUACUUCGCGAAGGGCAAUGCCAACAUCCUCUUCAAGUACACCGGUACUAACGACUACCUCAGGCACAAGCUCUUGCGGCUCCGGCUCCUCAAGGAGGACGAGCAGUACAUCUCGACGUGUGAGCUCUACGACUUCAUCGAGUUGAAGUGCAAGCACUUGUUCCCCCAGCAGAUCAUCGACAUCCAGUUGGUGGUGUUGACCACCGCGUUUAUAACCCAAUUGGACAACAAGGGCCAUCAGUUGAUGCUUACCGAGCGUUACGGCCUCUUGAUCCCCAACAUCUUGGACGGCAACUACGCCAAGCAGGCGUUGUCGCGAAACUGCCACCUCUAUUACGACUCGCCUGCCGACUCGUCGCACAUCUCGUCAGUGAUCUUCGAGAUCAAGCCCAAGUGGUUAUACGACAACAAGUCCUCUAACUAUUGCCGCACCUGCUCGUUGAACCAGUUGCGCGGGUUGCCCAGACACUUCUGCCCGUUGGACCUCUUGUACAAGAAGACCAUUGACGAGGGCUUGAACGACAUCUUCAGGCCCAUUCCCCAGCAGGUGCUCGACAACCUCCAGGACACAAACCGCAUUCCUUUGAAGGCCUUGUUCAGAAACUUCCUCAACAACCCCGAAAACGUGUUCCAGAAGUUGAAGCAGUACCAGCGGAUCAACAACAAGAAUGACCUCAUCAAAAACCUCACCUCCAUCCACGAUGUGCUGCAGAACUUGUCAUUGGUGAUGACGUUACGGGACGUGGGCUUGUUCAUCAAGUUUGAAAAGUACGACAGGUGGAACAACAUCCACAACUCUCACAACAACGUUAACAACCUCAUAACAAUAGAAGGCUAUGGCAAAUUCUUGGUCACAUGCAACAUCUACGACUUGGACCUCAAGUCAAAGCUCAAAUACAAACACUGGUUGGAUAUCGAACAGAAAUUACAAGCGAUCUACAACUCCUCCAACAAAGAAUGGAAGUACUGCAAGAGAGUGGACAAAGACGACGACUUCUUAGAGACAUGA